CUCCCUCCCUCCGCCUCCAUCUCUGGCCCGUCGCUGGUGGCGUAACCGGGUCUUGUUGAAAGCCGCGUCAGCCGCCGCCGCCGCCGCGCUGGGUGUGAGUGGCAGCCGGUCUACGAAGGGAGGAGGAAUGGGGGGAGCGGCCCGCCGUGGUCCCCUUCGCGCCUAAGAGGAGCCGCCGCCGCCGCCGCCUCCCCGGGCCCGCUGUGGCUGCUGGAGCCAUGGACAAAGCCGUCGGUGGGCAGAAUGUGAAACUGUCUGCAGAGGUAGAACCAUUCAUUCCUCAGAAGAAGGGUCCGGAUUCACUCAUGAUGCCCGUGGCGCUGCCCAAUGACGGAGGAAGCGUUACUGGCGUGGAACCAACUCCUAUUCCCAGCUACCUGAUUACCUGCUAUCCGUUUGUUCAGGAAAACCAGUCCAAUAGGCAACUUCCCCUGUACAAUAAUGACAUCAGGUGGCAACAACCGAACCAGAACUCCACCGGCCCGUACCUCGCUUACCCCAUUGUGUCAGCCCAGCCGCCUGUGUCAGCUGAAUACACCUAUUACCAACUGAUGCCAGCGCCGUGCGCUCAGGUCAUGGGCUUCUACCACCCGUUCCCAGCGCCGUACUCAGCACCCUUCCAGACAGCAAGCGCUCUGAGCACUGUCGCUGCAGAAUGCGCAGAUCGUCCGACGCAGCCGAGUCAGGGUUUUCCAUUGUGUAGGCAGAGGAGCAGAAGUGCCACCCGGGGACCAGUCGUGCAAAAACAGCAGCCUUCGCAGGUGCACAUAAAGAGCAGGAGACCUCCAGUGAAAAGCGUGGCUACUCAGAAAGAGACGGGCACAUCAUGGCCUGAGAGCAGACCGAAAAUCGUGUUGCUUGUGGACGCCUGCCAGCAAACAGACUUCCCCUCGGAGAUAGCCAACAAGUCGCUCUCAGAGAGCAUGACCACGAUGCACUGGAAACCAAAAGGCCGCCGCCGGCGGACUUCCCACCUGGCAGAAUCCUCUAGCGAGCAAGGGGCCAGCGAGGCAGACAUCGACAGCGAUAGCGGCUACUGCAGCCCCAAACACAGCAACCAGGCCGCGGCCGUGACCUCAAGAAGCGGGGACCCCCUUGCGCCAAACAUUGGGGAGUCGUCAGCCCAUUCAGGGGGCGUCGCUUGGGUCAACGUCAGCUCCCAGGCUACUCAGAAAAAGCCCUGGCUGGAGAGAACGCCAUCUUUCACCAGAGGGGGAAGGCCGCUUGAGCACCGCAGUAAUUCGCAGCCUGCCUUUCGAUGUAGAGGACAUAGCACAUCUUCAGAAAGAAGGCAAAACUUGCAGAAACCCAUAGCAGGAUGCCAGUCAAGGAGAAAAGACCAAAGUCCUGAGCCUUUAUAUUUUCAGGAUGAAGAAGAAUUUCCAGAAUUAAAUAGCGAUAGUGGAAAUUCUAAAAGUGCUAAUAUGCAGCAGAAACAUGCACCAAAAGUGUUGGACGACUUGCCUGAGAAUUCCCCAAUCAAUAUUGUGCAGACUCCAAUUCCAAUCACUACCUCUGUUCCAAAGCGGGCAAAAAGUCAAAAGAAGAAAGCUCUGGCCGCAGCGUUGGCCACAGCUCAGGAGUAUUCGGAAAUCAGCAUGGAGCAGAGGAAACUGCAGGAAGCCGUUUCCAAAGCAGCUGGGAAAAAGAGCAAGACGCCCGUGCAGUUGGACUUGGGCGAUAUGCUGGCGGCCCUAGAGAAGCAGCAGCAAGCCAUGAAAGCACGCCAGAUUACCAAUACCAGGCCCCUCUCGUACACAGUUGGCAGCCCGGCUCCUUUUCAUGCCAAAGAACCCGCUGACCGAAAAUCUUUACCUAAAGGUCAGCCUUCGUUGGGUUGCCUCAAUCCGUUGGAUUCCACUGCCCCAAAAAUGAAACGAGGGAAGGAGAGAGAGCUUUCAAAGUUGAAGCGUCCCACAGCACUUAAAAAGAUUAUCUUGAAAGAGAGGGAAGAGAAGAAAGGCCGCUCGUCUGUUGAUCAAAGCCUUCUGGGCGCUGACGAAGAACAAGAGGUUCCUCUGGAUCUGAGUGCCAACCAGUCAGAUGAUCAGGCGUCUCAAGAAGAAACGGGCCUGAGCGUGCCCAGUGACGCUUCGCUCUCUCCAGCCAGCCAGAACUCUCCCUACUGCAUGACUCCAGUUUCCCAAGGAUCUCCGGCCAGUUCAGGGAUCGGAAGUCCAAUGGCAUCUUCAACAAUAACCAAAAUUCACAGCAAGCGAUUCAGAGAGUACUGUAACCAAGUCCUAAGCAAAGAGAUAGACGAGUGCGUGACUCUCCUGUUGCAAGAGCUCGUCAGCUUCCAAGAACGCAUUUACCAAAAAGACCCCAUGAGAGCGAAGGCCAAGAGGAGGCUCGUGAUGGGCCUGCGAGAGGUGACCAAGCACAUGAAGCUCAGCAAGAUCAAGUGUGUCAUCAUUUCUCCCAACUGCGAGAAAAUCCAGUCGAAAGGUGGAUUGGAUGAAGCCCUGUAUAACGUAAUAGCUAUGGCUCGGGAGCAAGAAAUCCCUUUCGUCUUUGCCCUUGGGCGUAAAGCACUGGGCCGCUGCGUGAACAAGCUAGUUCCAGUGAGCGUGGUGGGAAUCUUCAAUUAUUCUGGUGCUGAGAACCUCUUCAAUAAACUGGUGUCGCUGACGGAAGAGGCCCGGCAGGCCUACCGAGACAUGGUUUCAGCCAUGGAGCAAGAGCAAGAAGAGGCCUUGAAGAACAUCAAAAAAGUGCCCCACCACAUGGGCCAUUCGCGGAACCCUUCGGCAGCCAGCGCCAUUUCGUUCUGCAGCGUUAUUUCCGAGCCCAUCUCGGAGGUGAACGAAAAGGAGUACGAAACCAAUUGGAGGAACAUGGUGGAAACAUCUGACGGUCUGGAAGCCCCUGAGAAUGAAAGAGGAGCCUGUUGUAAGGUCGCCGCUCCAGAAGAACCUGUCAACCCUAAGGCGGGGGCAACGGCGACAAUGAGUUCCACCACGGCGACGGCUGCUAAUAAACAGCUCCUCCUAGCCACGGCUGGGAUCGCUUCGGUGGUGAUUCACGGGAAAGGGCAAAGUGGGAAAGAAGAAGCGAAGCCGGACGAUCUGGAAUGGGCCUCUCAGCAGAGCACAGACACGGGGUCCUUGGACGGCAGCUGCAGGGAUAUUUUGAACUCCUCCAUGACCAGCACGACCAGUACGCUUGUCCCAGGAAUGCUGGAGGAAGAGGAGGAUGAAGAAGAGGAGGACGAAGACGACUAUGCUCACCAACCCAUCCCUGAGGAAGUCCAGCUCAACAGCAGGAUUGAAUCUUGGGUCUCCGAGACCCAGCGGACUAUGGAGACCCUCCAGUUGGGAAAGAGCCUCAGUAGCGCCGAGGAUAACACGGAGCAAAGCGAGGAGGAAGAGCUAGAAACCCCCGAGCAGGUCGAUCCGGUCGCCGACAGCGAAGAGUGGAUGGCGGACAAGCAGGCGUGUAAAUCUCAGCAGAAGAUUCCCGCCUGCGGGCCUGUAGAUACCAAGUGUACAGACUCUAACUAUAUACCAUAAAUGCAAUCGCAAACUCAGGAAACUUUCAUAUUUAAAAAAAACACAUAACUGUUGUAAGGAUUUGCAGCCAUGGCUUUUGCGUGCGUCAUCUCGGCAUUUUGCACUCUUGUCGUGUUAAUAAGUAUAUUUAAUUCACAACAUAAAUAUUUUUUGUAGCUCUCGGUUACUUUUUCCAUUACGAAGCUAGUGCGUGUGUGUGUGUGAGGAAUAUCCCUGUGUCUCCCGGAAAAGAUGAUGUGUGUGGAAACUGUCACUAGGUUAAACAUUUAGCUGUGUUUUUGGGGGCUCAAGAAUGACCAUUAUGCAAAAUUCUCAGACUGUAACUUUUCUGAAACCUGACGACAGCGACCAAUAUUUGCUUUGUCGUUUGUAUCUCACCCUGAAAGUGUUUUGCCCUGUAUCGUAAUGUACCAGAACUGAGAACAGAAACAACGCAUUGGCAAAGGCUUUAGGUAUGUUCGUUCGCAGCCUGAUCUGGUUUACAGCGCAGCUAGAAAAAACGACUGCUAAUGUGUCUCCACCACACUCCAGAAAUUUUCACUAGCCUUCCAGGAUGCGUAUGUGUUUGAGGGACACUGCUCUUGAGAUCUUCGUUCCGACCUGCUUAAAACCUGUUUGGCACGGCAUUCUGGGAAAGAUGCCGACUCCUUUUAACAUUGUCACUGUGUCUGCGAGGACCGUCAAGGGGACCGAUUGCUACGGCAGCAUUUUUUUACCUUUGCGUUUUUUUGACCCGUAUCCCAGCUCUUUACUUAUCUCAGGAAUGUGAAUACAUUUUCAUAAAUUGUAUGUAACUAUGAAAAACAAAAAACCCACCCAAGUUGAAGAAUUGGACUCUUCACCAGAUGGUUCGCCACCACUGAGCUAGAUGCUGUGGCUAGGUUUAGUAGUGGGGGAUUUGUCUUUAGCAGGCGUCAAGCCUCACCGCGUCUUGCCUUGGGUUAGUUUGUGAGAGUUUUUUGGAUCUUAAGAGUACAAACUCUCCUGUUGCGUAGCAUUGGGCAGCGCGGAGAAACAGAUCUUCAAAACCAUAAGAGAGAAACGUGAUUCACCAAGGGGGGUGGGGGGUGGAAUUGAUUCAUUUUGAAAGAAAACGUUUCGGGCAUCUUUACGCUGCUCUUAGUAUUAACUUGCUGAAAAUAGAGAACAAAAAUCUAGCUUUUGCAUGCUUUUGAGUUUUCCAACUUUGCUCUGUACUGAGCGUCAGUGAAAGUACCCCUGGUAAGCUGCAUGCAUUUUAAUGGUGAAUGUAGGGUUUUUGUCUUUUAGUUUAUGAGUAGUGCAAAAACCACACACUUUAUGAAGUGUGGAACUUCCAGCGAGAAAAAUAUAUGUGUGUAUAUAUAUAUAUUUCGCACUUAGUACCUGUUCACAUAAUCAUUUGAGACCAACGGUUUUAAGCAUUUUCGAAACUAGCUUUUUUAUAUACAUUUUGCAGGGGAAAGCCCAGAACCGGUGUCUUAAAAGUGAAUACUGUCACAAAACGUGGGGAAUAUAGCAGUAAAAAAAACCAAAAAAAACCCCCAAAACCAGUGUGUGAGGUAGUUCCUGGGCACGUGUUAAACAGGAGGAAGUCUUGAGUUCUCAAAUGACUGCGUGCAUCCUGGCUGGGUAAUCGCAGACUGGCGUCUCCCCCCGCCCAUUCCUUUUUUGGGAACUAGCAACUCAAACACCUGUUUCUUGUGGCUCUUAAAGCAACAGUCUGAGCGUAGAUUGCGUUAAGAUGCUCAGCUGCUACGUAAAAGGAAAGAAUUGCAUAUCCAGCAUUGAUUAUCGACCAACAUAGAGUUCCAAGUUUGGUAAAGGAAGCCUGUUGCCUCACAGUUUGUUAGUAGGAACCCCCACCGCCACCCCCUCCAAUUGCAGCAAAUCUCUUUUGGGGCAAACAGGGCAUCGAUCAACAAAGCUAUCCUCCCUUCCGGUAAGUGGCCACAAUGCCCCAGUUGGGAAUAAAUGCGAUUUUAUGCAUGCGCGCGCUCGGAGAAUGUUCAUUUCUAUUCCACAUUAGGAAAGCUUUUCCAAUUUUUGUGCAGUGAGAGGUGUGUGUGUAUAUAUGUAUCUGUAUUGUCUCCUCUAAAUGAUGUCCACGUUCCAUUUCUUCCGUUAGCUUUAAACGCCAAGGUAGUUUUGAGUGUUACCUAUUAUGAUUUCUAUAUUGGCACGGACAGUUAAGCUCUUGUACACUGAAGGAAGGCUUGUUUCCGCUAUCGUAUGUGGGUACAAUUUUUAGAUUCGGCAAAUAUUUACUCCUUUUAAAUACCCUGUUAAGUGAACUUUUAUGAAAAGUAGCAUUGGAAGUAAGGGGCUGUAGGAGAAAGAUGGCGACACGUCAGAUGGUCAUUAAAGCGAACUGUUUGAGAUGAUUGGUUAGAAAAGUAUUUGUAAACCUCUAGAUUUUGUACAGCAAUCUUUCCGUGGAAAGCAGAAACACGCAGAGGGCCUGAAGCACAGAGCCUUGGGUAGUCACGCAAGAGGUUGGCAUCUGUAGGCUAUCUGUAGGCUAUUAAAAAUCACAGUGUGUGUUCAAGAUUCCCAACAAAACCCUGGAAUCUGUUUCCUUCCCUGUCCCCUUUUUAAAAAUUUUAGACAGUGUAUUUAACAGGUUCAAAUCUUGAUCAGCGACUUCUUGUAUCUGACCACUUUUUUAAAAAAGGAAAAGAGGAUAACCUCUGGUUUAACGCACUCGUCAGAAUUCUGAAAGUGACACACGGGUGAAAACUUACGAUGUUCUUGGGGGGAGGGGGGGAGGGCUAGAUAUGCACAGUGUUGUUGGGUCCAGUUCUUUAACUGGACAGUUGUUCAAUUUUAGUAGCAUGUGGGCAAAAAAAGUAUUGUUGGAAAAGCUGCUGUUUGCUGGAGUUGUCACAGUGUUUGGGGUUUUUUUUUUUUUUUAAAAACUUUUGAAGUUGUGCCAACUAAUCAAGAUAUUCAGUCAACCAGAUUUUAAUCACUAAUUCAGUAUGUAACCUUUGUUAAAGUAACUGGCGUACCUGGAAAUUGUGCAGCUUUCUUCCCAGUCUUAACACACAGAAAUAGUAAGAAAACACCGAUUUAAAUCAAAUUAACAGGUUUUUUUUUUAAAAAAAGGGUCAGCAGAAAUGGCACAGCCCAAUUAAUGUUCAUGGGUGGUUAGUGUAUCUCUUUUUUUCUUUUUAAAGAAAGGCUGUAAUAAAGUAACAUCUGUUAAUCUUUGAUACCUUUGUUUGUAGUAACAAAACUUAGACUUAAACUAGAAAAUCAUUACCAAUUGUACCAUAAAGAGGUUGCCUGUCUCCUUUUACUUUUAUGAAGGAUAAUUGUUCUAUCGUACUUUUUGGGGGCGGGGGAGUAAUAACGGCUUUUUGCACUAUGUAAAUACUAGUGGGGGUUCUUCCAUAAUGAAUAAAACAAUUAUUUAAGA